AUGUUUUAUAGAAAAGGACAAUUAAUCAACUUGAAAUGCGACGCCUAUAACGAUUUAUUAAAUGUUAUAGAUGGUGAUCCAAAUGAAGAAGGUAGAAAACUCAUUAAUGACGAAUCCAUAACCACAACAAGUGACGAAGAUUCCAAUACAACAUUUCAAAUUGAGGGUAACCGAGAUGAAACAAUGGUUUACUACUGGAUAUUAGUGCUCAAGUUAGAGAUCUUUACUGACUCGAACCGCAGACAUAUUACCAUACAAAAGGACGUCAUUAAUGAUUACUUCCAUAAAGAGCGAGUAAUAUCUCACUGUGAAAAUUAUUAUUUAAGUAUUGGCGAUCAGAUAGUGCCAUUAGAACGCGAACAGGUCGAGUUCAAACAACCAGCAGAUGGUAAUCGUUUAGAAAAAACUCAAAUAGUGCCCAUGCAUAUGUUGCAUACGUCACCAGGAAGACUUGCCACCUGUCUUUAUGCAAAUAUUGCGUUUAUUUGGAGCAGCAUCGCGAAUGGUCAGUUGCAAGAGGUCGAUUUAUUCUUGUACGCUUUAUAUAAACUACAUCCUUCAAACAUAAAUAUAUACUUUGGAGUAAAAGGAGAAUUAGAAGAUACCAGCCCUGAAUUAACAGCUUCAGAAAAUCCGAGAUUUAACAAAUACCCAAUUCCUGAAAUUAUGUAUCGAAUUGUCGAAUGGAUAGAUAAAAAAAUAAUAUAUAAAGUCAUAGUUGUAAUUCAUAACGAUCCUAACUCUAUAAAAGAAAAUUAUCGAAUAUGUUCAAAAUCAGAGCAAGUGCCAGGUUGGAACUACAUAAAAAGCUCAGAUACCACUACUAUAACUGGGACAAGCUACACGUGCCGUUACUCAGAGAAAAAUACAUUAUUAAAUAUGGGCCUUCAUCCAGAUUACAGUUGGGAAUCUUUCAGCGUGGAAAAUUUUCCUACAAUUAACGCUUCGGAUGGACAGAUAUUUUUCAAAGAUAUAAGUGACAAAGUUCGAGAUGAAUUCAAUCGGCUUAAGAGUUUGAGGAAUUAGGUUUAGUUGACUAGCACACAUUUUUGAAUUUUAAUUUCAGUACCUAAUUAAGAUUAGUUAUAGAUUUAAGCCUAGUUUUAUAUUACAUACGAGUAUCUACUAUGGUGAAAAAAUUACAUUUUUUUCAAUACAA